AUGUCGCACUAUCCUCCCCAAGGUGGCUAUCCUCCUCCCGAGGGCUACCCUCCCCAGGGUUAUCCGCCUCCCCAGGGCUACGCGCCCCAGCCCUAUCCUAACCAAGGGUACCCGCCGCCUCAGCCCAUGCAAUAUCAUGAGGCGCCCCCGGCCAAGGAGGAGAAGAGCCACGGCUGCCUCUACACCUGUAUCGCCGCCAUGUGCUGCUGCUGGCUCUGCGGCGAGACCUGCGAAUGCUGCCUGGAGUGCCUGGACUGCUGCUGCUAA